UCAAGUUAUGUCAAAAGACGAAAUGUUGGAGCAUAUUUGAUACGAAUACUUUAUUCUCCAAAAUUCCUUUUAGCUUCUAAAUUAGUUCCUAGGCGUAAACGUUUCGAAAUGUUAUCCAAUUCAGCGUACGUGUGUCUAAUUUAUUUUUUGUCUGCUCUAGUCUUAUCGCUAGCGGGUCGUGAUUUUUAUCAAAUACUCGGCGUUUCCCGUUCUGCUAGCACAAAUGAAAUCAAGAAAGCUUACAGAAAAUUAGCAAAAGCACUUCAUCCGGAUAAAAAUCAAGAUGAUCCUGAUGCGUCACAAAAGUUCCAAGAUUUGGGGGCGGCUUACGAAGCUUUGUCGGAUCCCGAGAAGCGAGAGUUGUACGACCGGUGCGGGGAGGAUUGUCUCAAGAAAGAUGGGAUGAUGAACAACAAUGAUCCAUUCGCGAGUUUCUUCGGCGACUUUGGCUUCCAUUUCGGUGGCGAGCCGCAGCAACACGAAACACCGCGCGGCGCCGACGUCGUAAUGGAGCUCACUGUGUCUCUAGAAGAGCUCUAUAACGGCAAUUUUAUUGAAAUAACCCGAAAUAAGCCAGUGAUAAAGCCCGCUUCGGGUACGAGGAAGUGUAACUGCCGCCAGGAGAUGGUGACAAGGAACCUGGGCCCAGGCCGCUUCCAGAUGAUGCAGCAGACUGUGUGUGACGAGUGCCCCAAUGUCAAACUUGUCAAUGAGGAAAGACUGCUGGAAAUUGAGGUAGAAGUGGGAGCCCCAGAUGGUCACAAGUCGCGCCUCCGCGGUGAAGGAGAGCCCCAUACGGACGGGGAGCCUGGGGACUUAGUUAUAAUUCUGAGGACAGAGAAGCACCCACAGUUCACUCGCCGUGGUGACGACCUCUACACUAACAUUACCAUUUCAUUACAGGACGCCCUAACAGGCUUCAACCUGGAGUUGACCCAUCUGGACGGCCACAAGGUGUCGGUGUCGCGCGACAAGGUGACGUGGGCCGGCGCGCGUGUCCGCAAGAAGGGCGAGGGCAUGCCCAACUUUGACAACAACAACCUGCAUGGAAACUUGUAUGUCACUUUCGACAUUGACUUCCCCAAGCAGGACUUCACAGAUGAGGAGAAAGAAGCAUUGCGGAAAAUACUUAAGCAGGCUCCAAACAAUAAAGUAUACAAUGGACUAUAGUAGCCACAACGCCAAGUUAAUAUAAUUUAUUUUAAGUAGUGAAUUGAGUGCAAUGGUAUGAACAAAGUUGGUGUGACGCUGGAUUUUGAGUUGCCUGUGACAUGUGAUUGUUUUUUAUGAAAUAAAAAGAUUUAAGAA